AUGCCUGUACCAGGAUUUUGGGUGGGAUUCUCUAAAGCUAUCGGAUGGACAUAUUUUUUGGCUUGGUCUAUUAGCUUUUAUCCUCAGGCUAUAUUAAACUGGCGGCGAAAGAGUGUUCAAGGUCUUUCGUUAGACUUUCUAUGGUAUAACGUAUACGGUUUCACAUGUUAUUCGGCGUUCAAUAUCGCGUUCUUUACAUCCGAAGAAGUCCGAAAAGAAUAUCGAGAUAGGAACAAUGGAAAAGAUAAUCUAGUACAACCAAACGAUGUGUUUUUUGCUGUUCAUGCAUUUGUCCUUAGCUUUAUCACACUAUCUCAAACUUUUUACUACAGGCGGAGUGUCGAUCAAAAAGUGUCGCCAGUUGCUCGCAUCUUAAUUAUUGGUUCCGUUAUCGGAAUAGUACUCAUGCUGAUCGGAGUUGAAAUUGGAACCUGCCAAUGGAUUGACUUGUUAUAUUAUCUAAGCUACAUCAAAUUAGUCCUAAGCUUUAUUAAAUAUCUUCCACAGGCCUACCUAAAUUUUCGUCUAAAAUCCACAGUAGGAUGGAGUAUUCACAACAUUCUAUUAGACUUUACUGGUGGAAUAUUAUCAAUAUUUCAACUAUUUCUUGAUGCUUAUUUGACAAAUAAUUGGAGCGGAAUUUCCGGUGAUUCAGUUAAAUUUGGUCUUGGAUUCCUUAGUAUAGCAUUUGACUUACUUUUUAUGACUCAGCAUUAUAUAUUGUAUCGUAACAGACAUGAUGAUGCAAUGAUAAAAAACAACACAAUUAACGAUGUGAUAAAUACUAAUCAGGAAAGAGAAAGAUUACUAGCAGAUAGUAAUUAUGUAUGA